AUGGCACUAUUCGAAGUUCCGGGCUGGACUAUGCCAUCCGCUCCAAUGACGAACAUAUCGCAGCGUUCUGGAAAGCGCAAAAGGCCGUCAGAUACUAGCAAGGUGCAGAGUGCAGAAGUAAACCUCGAGAAGCUCAUGAAGAAGCUGAAGAAAAAUGGAGAACCUACCUCCCUGCAAGCGAAGGGAAAAACAACCCGGAAAAUACCCGAUGCCUCAAUUGCCCGUUCGAAGGAGAAGAGUAGCAAACCCAAGGGUGAUGGGAGCAGGACGGCAGUAGGCGGGAAAGUAAAGCAAAAUAUUUCUGGCCCGACAGAGAAACAUCCUAUCUCCACGGAAGACACGACAGGCUCUCUUCCAUCUUCGAAGCGAAAGGUCAAAAAAGACGCACAGGCGCAGUCGAAGAACCUCCCCAAAAAAUCCUCUUCACAGAUCGCAGGUUUAACCACGCUGCAAAACAAUAUGAAGCAGAGCUUGGAUGGCGCUCGUUUUAGAUGGAUAAAUGAAGUACUGUAUAAAUCCGAUAGCGCUCAUGCGCACGAUAUGAUGCGUGAGGAUAGAAACGUCUUUGACGAGUAUCACAAAGGGUUCCGUCAUCAAGUGGAAUCCUGGCCAUCGAACCCUGUCUCACACUACAUCUCAAUCCUUUCGUCGUACCCUCCCAAAACAGUGAUUGCAGAUCUAGGCUGUGGAGAUGCAGCAUUGGCUCGGUCUCUCAUACCAAAGGGAUUCACAGUGUUGUCGUUUGAUUUGGUUUCGGAUGGUGCGUUCGUUACAGAGGCGGAUAUAUUCGGACGAUUACCUCUACCAGGGUCUGAAACCGAUGAAGAAGAAGUACCUCGGUCUACUGAGGGCCAUGGACAGGUCACCGAUGUUGUUAUAUGCGCGCUCAGUCUAAUGGGGACGAACUGGCCGAAUUGCAUUCGAGAAGCGUGGAGAGUACUUCGGUCUGGUGGUGAGCUAAAAAUCGCUGAAGUGGCAAGUCGAUUUACAGACAUCAGCGAGUUCACUUCCCUUGUUUCUUCUUUCGGGUUCAAAUUGAAGUCAAGCGACGACCGCAACACACAUUUUACGCUGUUCGAAUUCAAAAAAAUAAGCCGAAACUCAAGAUCGGACCCAGAAUGGGAGGAGUUGUUAUCUAGGGGUAACGUUCUUAAGCCAUGCGAAUAUAAGCGAAGGUGA